UUGUAAUUUCUGGUUUGACAUAUAGUGUAAUGUAUUUGAAUGUAUUGUCAUUCAAGUGAUCAUUGAUUGGCUGUUAAUCUAUUGGUCGACACAUUAAGCGAUUGUUUUUGUCGUAAUAAUGACGGACUCGGAGGACAUGACUUUCAGAAGACAAUCAAUGGACACAACAAAAGAGUUGGAGUGGAUUGAGUUACACGAAAAACUCAUUGAUAUCAAUCUUAAGACAAAUGAAAACUUUAUGACCAAAAGUAUCCGCAAAUUCAAAGAGAAUCCAUUUGUUCCGAUCGGUAUCUGUGCGACCACUUUCUGCUUAGUAUACGGUCUGAUAUGUCUGAGAAAGGGUGACUCAAAGACUCAACAGAAGAUGAUGAGGGGUAGGAUUAUGGCUCAGGGAUUCACUGUCACUGCCAUUAUCUCCGGUCUUAUGUAUUCAUUGGUCCAAAAGACCAAACAAAAAGAUAAUCAAAAUUAAAUAACACUAGACUUUGAAAUUUUGUUGAUUUAUAUAUAUAUAUAUAGCUGUAUAUAACAAAC